AUGAAUGCAACGACGAAAAGUAGUAUCAUCUCAUUCGGUUCCGCUACCUGGUCCGGGGUAUCGGAUGCGCCCGACUUUUUAAGUCAAAAGGCGUUGCUUCCCAAAAGCACAACAGAUUUGGAUACCAAUCCGGUGCUGAGCGACAUCUCACUACCAAUGACCCUUGAACUAUCGCAAGCUGACCAAGACAUAGAAGGGAACACCAAGAGCAGCCUCGUGCGCAAUACUGACGGGAGUUUGGGUUAUAUCUCACCUCCAGAACCAUUGAUAUCCGCAGGUGUACAAGUGCAUAAUGAUAACAACACAAUAGGUCGUCAUAAGAGUCCACAGUCGGAACAUUCACCUAGCUGUCCAGAUUCUUUAGACCCAAGUCAUGAAAGCGGUCCAUUUUCUAUGCGUUCGCAUCUGAUGCCACUGCAAAGCAGUGCGCGCACAAAGCGCUCAAGCAUCUACCAAGGGAAGCCAAGCGGGCCCAUACUGAUGAGAGGGCCUAGUCGCACCUCUCGCUCAGCUUAUUUAGAGAUGGACGAUAGGAAAUCCGUGAAAAGCAUAUCUUCUUCGUUAACAGCAUCAUUUUCAAAGAACUUUCUGUCUGGGUUCUAUCGUGGUUAUAGAAACGGUGAAAAACCGUCUCAAAACGUUCUUUCCAGGGAAUAUUGGAUGAAAGAUGAAAGCGCUAAAGAGUGCUUUUCAUGUGCGAAGCCUUUCACUACAUUCAGACGGAAGCACCACUGCCGCAUCUGCGGUCAGAUUUUUUGUGGAAGUUGUAGUUUCUUGAUCGAUGGCGGAAAAUACCAACAUGCAGGACGGAUGCGAGUGUGCCGAAACUGUCAUACACACUUCGAUACUUUCAACAAUUCUAGUGAUGAGUCAUCGAUCGAUGAAACUGCACAGGGUACACAAGCUACUCCCGACAAUUCUCCAGAUAAGGCGAUACCAGGUUCCGAUGUUUUGUUGUUGAAAGAUGAUGAGGUUCAAAGUAUUUUAACAACCGGUGAUGGAGCCAAUUUGUUUCGUUCAACUCCCCCACCGCUUCCAAAAAUGGCCAUUCCAGCCACCCGACAGGGAGGCUCUCUGGAAAUUUCAGUUCCAAACUUGACGAACUCUUUCAAAGCAGAAAAUGCUUCGAGGUAUCGACCUAGUAUGAAGGAUCGUUAUACAAUCAGAGACGUUGAUAUUUUGCAACCUUAUAGGAAAGAGGAAAGUGGCACUUCGAUAGGGUCUAAUCGUCCGCAACAACCACUAGGACAGGGAAGUUUCCCUCACAUUUCAAACUUCAAGCAUUCUAUUUCGAACUAUAUUAGCAGUGCAACAAAUGCGGACGACCAAGGAUCAACUGAACCCUCCGCAAACUCUGUGAUUGAAAACCUUUCACGAAACGACUUUAAGUUCGAAUUCAAUUACGGAAUGAAUAACUUUCAAGGCUUUUUGGAUUCUCCUCAUCCUCAGUUGUCUCACGCUGCGGAGCGUAAACCAAGUAGGCGUACAGAGUCGUCGCCUACAUUGGCAGGCUUCCAGGGCGGGACACCUUUAGAUAGUGAUUCGAGACACAGUGACGAGGGAUCAGAAGACGAGAGAUCUAUGUCUUUAUAUGCUGCGCUCAACGACUCGCACCAGGACUCAUAUCUCGUGAGACCAACCAGAAGCAAUACAAAGUCACUUCAAAGAGCGCAGGCGUCUCUUCGAAGAAUGAACUCUCGUCGAAAGAGUCGAGGUCGCGGUUACCUGAAAUCAAGUCUCAACUUGAAGCCCUUUGAAUUUCUAACCCACAGCAGUCCCAAUCUCAAAAUAGCAGAUGACAAAGAUGAUCAGCCGGAGAGGAAAUCGGAGGUAGCGAUGAAUUCUGUCGUAAGCGCCGAUCGACUUAAACCACGUAGUGAGGCCAGCUCGUCUUCUAGAGACAUGAAACGGAUAAUUUCUACUGCUUCAGUCCUACGUAUGAAGUCGCAGGAGAACAAAACAGAACUUAAUUCCGUCUCACAAAUUCACAUGAAUGCCUUGUUAAAGCAAGUACUGAAUGAUCAAGACGUUGAUAACGUUAAUAGAUGGAUUGAGGCCUUGAGGCCGAUCUUGCAGGCACUACAAAAUAUCCGAUUAGAUGCCAGGAAGAUGAGUGGACUUGAUUUCAAACAGCACUACGUGAAAAUCAAGCGCAUUGAUGGUGGAGAUAUUAUGGAUUCGAAGUUCAUGAAUGGCGUAAUCUACUCAAAAAAUCUACCUCUUAAGACAAUGCCUCGCGUACUGAGAUCUCCUCGAAUAUUACUGAUCAUGUUUCCGCUGGAAUAUCAGAAAAGUGAAACUCAUUUCAUGAGUAUCGAUUCCGUCAUGGCUCAGGAGAGGGAAUAUCUGAAGAAGCUAGUGUCGAGACUUACAGCACUCAAUCCUGAUCUCAUUUUAGUAGGCGCAAACGUAAGUGGUUAUGCCUUGGAGCUACUCAAUGAGGGUGGCAUAGCUAUUCAAUUCAAUAUGAAACCUCAGGUAAUCGAGCGAAUUUCAAAACUGACGGAUGCAAGUAUUGCUAUCACCGUAGACAAGCUUGCAACUAACUUAAGGUUAGGAACUUGCGGCUCGUUCGAGAUAAAAACCUACCGCUACGGCAAUGUGGUCAAGUCGUUCACGUUCUUGAAUGACUGCAAACUUUUGGAAGGCGGGUGCAUACUUUUACGUGGGGCCAACUCUGUUACGUUGAGAAAAAUAAAGGAUAUCACAGAGUUCAUGGUUUAUACUGUAUUUUCUUUGAAGCUCGAGAGCUCUUUUUUCAGUGACAACUUAUUACAGCUAUCGGUUGAAUUCUACAAGGAACUGGCUUUAGGCCGAGAGUUAUCAUCACAGCCAGGUUACUUUACUGACUUCAUUGACAAGUUCCAUCAGAGAAUACUAUCGGUGUCACCAACUGUUGAAUUUCCUUUGCCUUUCUUGCUUGAGAAGGCUCGUGCUUUGGAGUACGAACUGGUCGAGAAGGAAACAGAAGGCAACCUUCUCUUAUCAAACCCUGAGUUUCACACUACUUAUGUGAGCAAAACCAUUCACGAACUCGGAUUGGAGCCAGCUCUCACUAAUCAAGAUCUCAAGACCCUUGUGAAGUUCAUUCACGAAAAAGAGGUCGAAAAUCUAACAGCACAAUUUAAAUGGCGAAGUCGGCAAUGGGAACUUUCAUAUGCGCUUUCCAAGAAUAUGCUUGGCACCGGAACUCAUCAAAGUAUCAAUGUGCUUUACUCAAUGAUUUCCAAAAAAACGGCAACGCCCUGUAUUGGGCCACAGCUUGUAGGCAUAGACUUUUUUUGGGAGACGGACAUUUCAAUUGGGCAAUUCGUUGAAAACAUUGUUCAGAUGGCCAAUUUUCCCUGUGCGCAUGGCUGCGGUAGCUUACUUUUAGAUCACUAUAGAAGUUACGUUCAUGGCGUGGGGAAAGUUGACGUUUCGGUUGAACAAUUUCAAAGUAGACUGCCAUCCCUCAAAAAUAUUCUAGUUACCUGGAGCUACUGUAAAAAGUGCAACAGCUCAACUCCUAUUCUCCAGAUGAGCGAGAAAACCAGAAAUUAUUCUUUCGGGAAGUAUUUGGAGUUGAUGUUUUGGAGCAGAAACCAAGGAAUCGAAAUCGUCGGUAAUUGCAGCCACGACUUUGCUAAGGAUCACGUCAAAUAUUUCAGUCUGAAUGAUUGGAUGGUAAGAAUGGAUUAUUCUGAGAUCGAAGUCCACGAAUUAAUCACUCCACGCUCCAAAAUUACAUGGAAGCCAAACAUAGACAUUAAACUUAAGGUCGAACUCUACUAUCAAAUUUUGGAUAAAAUCAACAACUUUUACGCAAGCGUCAACGACAGAUUGGAACGAAUAAAACUUGACAGCAUACCGAGUGAGCAGGUUUCAGCGGGAGAGAAGAAAAUUGUGGAACUCAAAGGAGACUCGUGCAGGGAAAAAGAUUUUCUGACCGAACGAACUGACUCUAUCUACAGAAAUUCAUUGGGUAAUGAGCAUCUUAUUCUGAACACUGUCAUAAAAUCAGUUCAUGACAAUGCUGCCGGAUGGGAUUUGAAGUUCAUUGAUUUUGAGAAAACUUUUUUACCAUCGGAGAGAGACGUGGCUAGAAUAACUGCUGUACAGCUGAAAAAGCUUUUUAGAGACUCUGUGAAGAAUGAACGUGACUACAGGCCAGCGGCCAAAAAUUCAAUUGCAGCCGACGAACAGCGGGACCUGUCUCUAUCUCGGGAUCAGCACUCUGCGACGAAUCAAUCGAAUAACUCUCUUUCGGACGAAAUCGAUAUCCUUAGAUCCUACAAGACGCCGAUACUUGAAAAUUUGUCAGAGGAUGCGAAAUCUGUUCACAGAGAGCAAAAUCCCACCGUUCGUCCACCAAUGAUUCGUCAAAGGACUACACCGACAUUCAAAAAAAGUGUCGGUCGUAGAUCUCUUCCGCUCUCCAAAGACGACACGUUUGUUGAUGGAAGUGAAAUAAACGAGUCUCAUCUGACAUCAAAUAACGGGAACAGAAAAGCUUCGAGCGGAGCAUCUUCGGCAGCAGUAUCGAAUUCAGUUCCCGUUAGUACUGCACUGCUAAGAAGCCACAGUAAUGGGAGCGUGCAGAGUGGUAGUAGCCAUCAUGCUAAGGACCAGCAUUCCGAAAGUAAAGUGGGCCAACUAGCGAACUUUUUUGAUCAAAUCCACUUUGAUGCGUUAUCCAGGGAGUUUGAAUUACAAAGAGAGCUUGAAAGAUUACACUUGAACAAGAACAAAUAUAAGGCAGUAAGGAUAGAGCCAUCCAAGCCCAUUGUUGAGAUCUAUCAGAAUGUCAAAGAUGCAGUUGAUGGUCCUUUGCACACCGACAAUAGAAAUGCAGGGAAUGCCGCGAACAAAGGAUCACGACGUGAUUGGCAUGGUGCCGGAGGAACUUUGAAUCCAAGCAAUGAGCUUGGGAACAAGUUAGAGCACUCAAUCCAUCAGUGGGGUGAGCAAAUAUUGCGCGGGGAUGAAGAAAACAGAAGUAAAAACGACAGAUUGAUGGACAUUGGGCCCGCCAUUAUAGAUGGCAACAAUAGCUCCAAAGAACAAUCUACUACAGCUGAGACGAAAAUUCAAGAAAUUCCCAGUACUUCCCAGCCCGAAAGAUCAUCGUUGAUGAAAAUGCUGGCGAACUUCUGGGAAGAUCGAUCAGCAACCUUAUGGAAGUCUUUGGAAUACCCAACGGCGUCAACCGAGCACAUCUUCGUUGAUAGUCCUGUCAUUAUCCGCGAAGAUGAACCUUCAUCUUUGAUUGCCUUCUGUUUAAGUUCCACAGACUACCUGCAGAAAAUGGCUUCGCCAAAUUCAACGAAAACGGCUGUCUCAGAUUCAGAACUAAUCACGUCAGAUCAAGAUGGAGAUGACGCAGUCUCCGUCAGUCAGUCUUCAAACCCUCAGACAGAAGAUGACCAUUUUACUUUACGCGAUCACGAGCAAUACAAACAAAACCUGAUAAGUUCCAGUGUCAAAGAAGCUCAGACACGAGAGGAGCCGCGCGUCGAAAGUGCGACCUCGCAAAGAACUCAUGAUACUAAUGUUGAAAAUGAACAGCCGAGUUUAGAACAGAUUAUGACCAAGAAGACAGCUAUGCAUUUGCGCUACCAAUUCCAAGAUGGCAAUUCAAUCAUGUCUUGUAAAAUCUUCUUCGCUGAACAAUUUGAUGCAUUUCGUAAAACUUGUGGCUGUGAAGAAAACUUUAUUCAAAGCCUUUCAAGGUGCGUGAAAUGGGAUUCAAACGGCGGUAAGAGUGGUAGUGCCUUUUUGAAGACUUUGGAUAACAGAUUUGUGAUCAAAGAGCUUUCACAUACAGAACUGGAUUCAUUCAUAAAGUUUGCACCCAGUUAUUUUGAAUAUAUGGCACAAGCAAUGUUUCACGAUCUUCCGACCGCCAUGGCUAAAGUUUUCGGAUUCUAUCAGAUUCAAACCAAGAACUCAGAGAGUGGUAAAAGUUUUCAGAUGGACGUCCUCAUUAUGGAAAAUCUGUUCUACAACAAGAAAACCUCAAGAAUUUUUGACCUGAAGGGCUCGAUGAGGAACCGACAUGUGAAACAGACAGGCAAGGAGAACGAGGUUCUACUGGAUGAGAAUAUGGUAGAGUACAUUUACGAGUCUCCCAUAUUUGUCAGAGAAUACGACAAAAAGCUUUUGCGUGCUUCACUGUGGAAUGACACUCUUUUUCUGGCUAAAAUGAAUGUCAUGGAUUAUUCUCUUGUAGUUGGGGUCAACAACGAGGAUCACACUCUGACAGUAGGGAUCAUUGAUUUUAUACGCACAUUUACCUGGGACAAGAAACUCGAAAGCUGGGUCAAGGAAAGAGGUUUUGUAGGGGGCAGCACCAAGGAGCCGACUGUUGUGACGCCAAGGCAGUAUAAAACCAGGUUUAGGGUUGCGAUGGAAAGAUAUAUUCUGAUGGUUCCCGAUCCUUGGUUCCAAGACAGCCACGAGUAG